UACAUGUAAAGCGUCUUACGUAAAGUGUCUCUUAUCUUAUUCACUAAAUUAUGCUAUUCUCCACAAAAGAGAUGUUCAACGUGGCAGUUAUUUUGCUUUCGAUAUUUUCCUUUUAUUUGGUUGAUUCAAGUGAAUCUUCAAGAAAAAGGUUACUAUUGCAUUCACAAGAAGAUCUUGUUCAAAGGCUUAUUAAAGUGGAAGCUGAGCUUGAGGGUCUUAAGAAUACUUCGAAACAAACAGGAAGUGGUUCUACAUAUGUGAGAUGGGGAAGAAACACAUGUCCUGCCGACAAUGAACUUGUCUAUACUGGAUACACUGCUGGGAGAAAGUACGCCCGCACUGGAAGUGGCACAACUAAUUUAUGUCUUCCCGAUGACCCCAAAUGGGCAAAUUAUGUGGAUGGUAAUGGUGGAUGUUGCCGUGCGCAUAUAUACGGCGCUGAAAUAGACGUAGAAGAACCGAAUCAUAUUUUUCCAUAUGCAGUUAAUAACCAAGACAUACCCUGUGUCGUCUGCAAAUCUCCACGUUCGAUUUCCCUUAUGAUUCCGGCAAGAAAGAAAUGCUAUCCUGGCUGGACAAUUGAGUAUUGGGGGUAUCUUAUGGCUGGUAGGUUUAAUACACCUGGGGGUCAUGAUCAUAUAUGUGUAGAUACAAAACCAGAGUUUAAUCAACAUGGCGGUACAGAUGAUAAUGAACAUAUAUUGUACCCUGUGGAAGCUCAGUGUGGUUCCCUGCCUUGUCCACCAUACGUGCAAGGAAGGGAACUACCGUGUGCAGUUUGUUCUAAAUGAUUUAUAAUUUAUCUUUAUUUUAGCAAUAAUGAAAAUAAAUUGUUUAAAUCAUA